AUGUCGGACGUCAACGAACUGUUCAAGUCUGGCAGUGCUGCCAAAAGGAAGCUUGAUUCUGUGCGAGAUCCCAAUGAAAUAUACAAGUCAGCCAAGCUGAGUGCAGCUGACGCCGUCAGUCGACAUGUGAGCGCAGUGGACACGGCAGAAGACGAUAGCGACAUCACUGCUGGACCGCAAGACCCACCCAAAGAUGGCGAAGACGAGGACUACGGCCCAGAGAUGGCCCCGGACGACGACGAGGGGCGUUUCUUUGGCGGGGGCAUCACAAAGCAGGAGUCCGAGAUCCUUGACUUCGUGGACGGCCACGGCGAGGAACCUUCUGGCCCCGAAAAGAUCGAUGCCGGCUGGGUGCGGAAAACGGCACUCAAUUUCGAGAAGCGCAUUACCCGGAACGCUGAACUGCGCGCAAGGUUCGCCGACGAGCCUCACAAGUUUAUUGAAAGCGAGGCCGACCUCGACGCCGCCAUUAAAGACCUCUCGAUACUGUCCGAGCAUCCCGCCUUAUACCCCCAGUUUGCCAAGCUAGGAUGCGUCGAGAGCCUCGUCGGACUGCUGGCCCACGACAACACAGAUAUAGCGAUUGAUGCCGUGGAAAUCAUCGGCGAGCUCAUCGACGAGGACGUCAACGCAACGGAUCAAGACUGGGAUACCCUCGUGGAUGCGUUAUUGAACGCAGACCUCAUCGGCUUGCUGGUGUCCAAUUUCUCGCGACUGAACGAGGAGGACGAGUCCGACCGCGGCGGCAUAUACCACGCCCUCGGAGUUUUAGAAAGUCUGCUCUCCAAGACGGCGAACGCUGAAAAGGUGGGACAGCACAUUACGUUGGUCAAAUGGCUACUAGAUAGAGCACAGCGCCAAGAGUCACCGGUGUCACAAAACAAACAAUACGCCACGGAGAUUCUUGACAUCAUUGCGAACACGUCACCAGCAACUAGGCGGACACUCGCCGAGAUGGAUGCUGUUGAGGUGUUGCUCCAGCUGGUCUCUGCGUAUCGCAAACGGGACCCUGAAAAAGGGGGCGAGGAGGAAGAGUAUAUGGAGAACCUCUUCAAUGCUCUCGUCUGCAUUGUGGACGAGCCAGAAGGGAAGGCCAAGUUCCUCGAAGCCGAGGGCAUUGAACUGUGCCUGAUCAUGCUCAAGGAGGCUAAGAUGAGCAAGCAACCGGCAAUGCGUCUUCUUGUGCACGCCGUUCACGAAGAUAUGAGCGGACAACUCUGUCGAAAAUUAGUGGAUGCCGGUGGGUUGAAGGUGCUCUUCUCCAUGUUUAAGAAGACAAGCAAAAACCAGCGACUCAUGACAGAAAGCCUCUUUGACGUGUUCAGGUCCUUGCUACGAUUCUUGCCUGCCGACUCUGCCGAGAGAAUCAGGACCUUGGCUAAAUUCGUGGAGAAGGACUAUGAAAAGCUUGAUCGGCUCUACGAGUGUCGGAGGAGGUAUAACUCUAUGUUGGACGCGCAGCGCGACAAGAUUCUACAAGAGCGAAUUAGCAUGAGCGCUGAGGAAGACGAGCUCUCGGAAAGCGAGUGGUUUAUGAGGAGGAUCGACGAAGGUCUUUACAGCUUCUGGAACAUCGACGUUGUUCUGGCAUGGCUCAUAGCCGAAGAUUCUGGUGCUAAAAGGAAGGUACAGAAACUCUUGGCCGCUGACGGCAAGGGUCUAUCAGCCAUUACGGCGACAUUGGAGGAAUACAGAGCUGGCCUUGAUCUCGACAAGCCCGAGCACAAGGACCUGUCCGAUAUGCUCACCACUCUCAUAGACUUUUUGCUUUAG